UGAGAAGGGGGGGAAUGGAGUAACAGGCGUUCUCGCGAGAGUUGCUUCGUUUCUGUAGGGUUUGGCGUAAGCGGCGAAGUGCUGCUUGUUAGGGAAGGGUAAGUUAAGAUCGAGAAGACAAGAACGCGACCCGUUGUGUUGCAGGUGUCAGUGUUUGUAACUUUUGAGAAUCACAUGUGGAAGAAGACAUGGAAUAUAUGAAAGAGUAUACUCCGGUUCACCAGGGGAACAUCUUAUGUUGCCAGUGUGGCAUUGCAAUCCCACCAAACCCAGCCAAUAUGUGUGUAAACUGUUUAAGAACUCAAGUGGAUAUCACUGAGGGGAUUCCUAAGCAAGUCACUGUUCAUUUCUGCAAACAGUGUGAAAGAUAUCUUCAACCACCAGCGGCUUGGCUACAGUGUGCCUUGGAAUCAAGAGAACUACUUUCAUUAUGCCUUAAAAAAAUUAAGGCUUCUCUUAGUAAGGUUCGGUUGAUCGAUGCAGGAUUUGUAUGGACUGAACCACAUUCUAAAAGACUUAAAGUAAAGUUGACUAUACAAAAAGAGGUAAUGAAUGGUGCAAUUCUUCAGCAAAUCUUUGUAGUAGAGUAUAUUGUUCAGUCACAGAUGUGUGAAGACUGCCAUCGAAUUGAAGCUAAGGACUUCUGGAAAUCAGUAGUUCAAGUUAGGCAAAAGACACUGCAUAAAAAAACAUUCUAUUAUUUGGAGCAAUUAAUUUUAAAGCACAGGCUUCACCAGAAUACUCUUCGGAUCAAAGAGAUUCAUGAUGGUCUGGAUUUCUAUUUUGCUUCCAAACAGCAUGCUCAGAAAAUGGUGGACUUCCUUCAGUGUACUGUACCUUGUAGAAUUAAAUCAUCACAGCGUUUGAUUUCUCAUGACAUUCACAGCAAUACAUAUAAUUACAAAAGCACUUUCUCUGUUGAGAUCGUUCCAGUAUGCAAGGACAAUGUUGUGUGUUUGUCACCAAAACUGGCUCAAAGCCUUGGCAAUAUGAGCCAGAUUUGCAUCUGUGUCCGGGUAACCAGUGCUAUUCACAUCAUUGAUCCAAGUACUCUUCAAAUUGCAGAAAUAGAUGGAAAUACUUAUUGGCGUCAUCCUUUUAAUAGCUUGUUUCAUCCAAAGCAGUUAGAAGAAUUUAUUGUAAUGGAUAUCAGUAGAACCUAUGAACAGAAGCAAAAUGCUGGUGCAGGCAUGAAAUCCAAUAAGCAUAUCCUUGCGGAAGCCUGGGUUCAGAAAACCUCAGAAUUGAAUACAGACCAUCAGUAUUUCUGUCGUACUCACUUGGGGCAUCUUCUGAAUCCUGGAGAUCUUGUAUUGGGCUUUGAUUUGGUUAAUUGUAAUCUGAAUGAUGAAUUUGCAAAUAAGAUGAAUCCCCAUAAUGUUCCAGAUGUGGUUUUGAUUAAAAAAAGUUACGAUCGCACCAAGCGUCAACGUCGCAGAAAUUGGAAACUGAAAGAAUUACAAAGAGACCGAGAUAACAUGGAUACCGAUGAUGAAAGACAAUACCAAGACUUCCUAGAAGAUCUAGAAGAAGAUGAAACAAUUAGAAAAAAUGUCAAUAUUUAUAAAAAUCCAGUGAUACCAGUGGAGAGUGACACAGAUGAUGAGAACAUUCCCCAAAUCAGUCUCACUGAAAUGCUUGAAGACCUUCAGAUAUCUGAAGAUGCUACAGGGGGAGAAGGUGCCGAUAUGCUGAUGGCAUAAGUUAGGAAGUCUUGUUAAUUUAAUUUUAUUCGUCCUUGAGAAAAAGUCCCUAAGAAAUCUGUUAUAGGCAUUCUUGAUCUGAAAAAGAAAUAAUAUUGAUAAGAUUUGGAAGAGAUUAAAAAAUAAAUGCUCCCAAAAGGUAUAAUUAUAAUGGUUAAUAGAAAAGGAAAAAAUGAUAGAUUUUAAAGUUUUAAAUAUAUACAUAUGUAUAUCAAAUUGGUAUAUUUCCAAUUAUUUCAAUAAUUUCAAUAUCUGUUCUCAGUACUUUGGGGCUGUUGGUGUUGACAAGUAUUAAACCUCAAACUAGUAUUUUAAAUACAUAGUUUACAGCUGACAAAUAUAUGAAGUCUGAUUUGUUCAAAUUAGGAAGUGAACAAUUUGAAUCAAGAUUAUUCAUAUUAUUUGAAAACAAUUUAAAGAUCUUUAAAGAUUUCAAAGUUUAGUAUACUUUAUGACUUUAAGUGUCAAAAUAUCAUGCGAGUCAUGAAAUUAUGCAGAUAAUGCAAAGACACAUAUUAUUAUAAUAUAAUUUAUCUAAUAUCAUUUGCAUUACAACAUCAUGCUCCAUAAAAUGACAUUUCUCUUCUUCUCCAGCUAUUGUAAUUUAUAAACUAUUUUUUGGUUUAGGACUGUAUGUGAAUUAAUAAACUAUGAUUAGGAUUAGGAUGAUAGUGUAAUACAUGAACCCCACAAUUAAGCAUACCAGCUAAUAUUCCAAAUAUUUAAAACUAUAUUUGUGUCCUUCAGUUCUUUCAGAAUAAUGGUGAUUGAAAUCCAGACAGGUAGAGAAUGAUCAGGCUAGAAUAAACUCUGUUUAACUUCUCCAAUAGGACAUGAUUCUUCAGUCUUCUGUUGAGGUUAGAAAUAUGUUCAUGAGGUAAAAAGGAGUAUCUGUAUUACAGGUCUGAAAAAUACUUUCUUUGAAAAAAACUUAUUUGCACAACAUACUCUCAUUGAUAAAAGUGAGAAGUAGACACACAAACCACAUAAAAGCAUUUCUUUAAAAUAUGCUGUAUUAAGCUGACACCAUUUCUAUGGUAUGCUAACUGCUUUUGUUUCGGCUUUCUUAAUAUGUCAUUAUCUGAUCUUUAAAGAACACCAAGGAAGUCUUUCUUUUCUUAUUUCCAUAAGUUGAUUAUAGAUGCCCAGGCACAGUUUUUAGAAUGAUAAUUCAUGAUUACAGAUACCAUUUAAUUAUGCAAUGAUAUUUCAUAAGUACUUGUCUAAAACUAGACAUGUAAGAAAGUGUGACACAUGUGUUUAUGAAAGCACAAUGAGGAAAUCUAGGAGUUUUGUCCUUGCCAAAUCAAUUAUUUUACAAGUGUGGCAAAGUUUGGGGAAGCUAACAUAAGGAGUCUGCACAAUUUUUUUUUUUCCUAUUGAAUUUCAAGAUCUCUCCCUUGAGUUGAGUUGAGGCAGUAUCAAAUAGCUUUACAAUGAUUAAAAAAUGAACAAUUUCCCUAAAUAAGGACAACAUGCCAUAAAAUGAUUUCAUAAAAGAUUGGUAUAUAAUACCUCAUUUUAGAGUAAUUAAAUAGAAAUGGUAUCAUUACUGAAAGUUUUUGUAGUUUAAAAAAAUGCAUUUCUGAAUCCAUAUGAUGUUUGGAGGGAUAGUAUUUACAUCUCCAUAAGAUUUCACUCUAAAUGUUACAUGUAGAGCGGAUGUUCCAUCAAAGAAGCUUUAGAAAUUACACUGCUAUUUUUACAAUGAAUUUGUAAAUGCUGUUUCACUGUUUUGGUAAUGACUACCUUCAUUAAAAUAUCUCUCAAGCUUGAA